AUGCAAUUAGGCUUAGAAAAUCCAUCAAAUUCAGACUAUACCAUUAAUUGUCCACCAACAUUAGAAGCUGGUGUUUACUACCCAGAGAAUAAUUCACUCUAUGCUACAUAUUCAUAUCAUUUGAAUCCAAUCAAUGCGAAAUAUAAUCCAGGCAAUAAUAACUCAACAAUUUAUGCAUAUAAUAAUGAAUCAAAACAAUUGAUACCAAUUGAAAAUGCUAGUGAAUAUAUGCCACAAUUAAUAUCUGGUAUAUUUACAAAUGGUCAAUCUUAG